GUGGAAUGCAGAAACGGUGAGAAAGGUUUGUAUAUAUAUCAGUCUCAUUGCCAUAUCAUGUCUCUCUUCUUUUCAUUCUCAAGCUCGCUCCAAUUCUCAUUCCGUCUCCCUUUGCCUCCCUGCAAACUCUUGAGCUAGUAGCAUUUGCUACAACUCUACCUAAUAAUUUCUUCAUUGCAUUAUACCCAACAUAUACACGACUAUCAUGUCGGACCUUAUACGAGAGGCCCCUUUGGGCCAGUUCCUAAGAUGGGCCACAAAGAACCGUCUCUUCCCCUAUCCCGAAGAGCUUCCCGGCUUCGAGUUACCAGAAUCAUAUAAUGCCGUCCUCAGAUCAGAGAAAGCCCCAAUCGAACGGCCCAUCAGCCGAAAGCAACUCAAAAAGGAGAGCGAUGAGUCGAAUUCCACUCCGGAUUCCGAAUCCUUCAACCAGGACAUCGAACUCCAACGCACCCUUUCCCGCCAAGAUACCCGCCAGUUCACACAAGAACGCCUAGAGACCGAGAUCCAAGACGCCAUCGAGCGCGUUGCAAGCAAGCCCAUCUACCCCGUCAAGACAGCCGACGGCCUAGUCCUCGUCGACUGGUACUCCACCGACGACCCAGCAAACCCACAGAACUGGUCCAUGGGCAAGAAAUCCUGGGUCGGCCUCCUGAUCUGCCUCUACACAUUCGUCGUCUACACAGGCUCCGCCAUCUACACCUCCAGCAUCCCGCAGGUGAUCGAGAAAUUCAACAUCUCCGAAGUCGACGCCUCGCUACCCCUAUCUCUCUACGUCCUCGCCUACGGCAUGGGCCCCCUCGUCUUCUCGCCCCUCAGCGAGAUCCCAAGGAUCGGAAGGUCGCCUGUCUACCUAGUCACCAUGUUCAUCUUCACUAUUAUCUCCAUCCCCACCGCGCUGGUUAACAACUUCGCCGGCCUCCUCGUCCUCCGCUUCCUCCAGGGCUUCUUCGGAUCCCCCUGUCUGGCAACCGGGGCCGCGACGAUGAGCGACAUGGUAUCAAUGCUCUACCUCCCCUACGCUCUCAUCGCCUGGGUCUCAGCAGCCUACUGCGGUCCGGCUCUCGGUCCGCUUCUCAGUGGAUUCGCGGUUGGAGCUGAGUCGUGGCGGUGGAGUUUGUACGAGAUCAUCUGGGCUGCGAGCCCGGUUCUGCUUCUUAUGUUCUCGGUGCUUCCAGAGACUAGCACGCCGAAUAUUCUUCUCCGCAGAGCUGAGCGUCUGAGGAAGCUCACUGGGGAGUCGAGACUCAUGGCACAGAGCGAGAUUGACCAGGCCAAGCUCUCUACACGGGAGGUUGUUGUCGAUGCUCUCAUUAAGCCGAUGGAGAUUACCAUCAAGGACCCCGCUAUCCUCUUCGUCAACGUUUACACGGCCAUUAUCUACGGAAUCUACUACUCCUUCUUCGAAGUCUUUCCCCUCGUCUACCCAGUCUACUACGGCUUCAGCCUCGGCAUCAUCGGCGUCCUCUUCACCUGUAUCCUCAUCGCCUGCCUCAUCGGCGUCGCCAUCUACUCCGCAUACCUGUACUUCUACCACAUCCCCGACAUCAUCAAGAACGGUCUGCGCGCACAGGAGCAUAAUCUCGUCCCUGCCCUGUUUGCCUGCUUUGGUCCUACUAUCGGUUUAUUCAUCUUUGCUUGGACCGCACGACCAGACAUCACCUGGGUCGCCCCCACCAUCGGCAUCGUCCUCUACGGCGCCAGCGUCUUCAUCGUCAUGCAAUGCAUCUUCACCUACGUCCCGAUGUCGUACCCGCAGUACGCGGCUAGUUUGUUCGCGGGCAACGAUUUCUUGAGGAGCGCGUCGGCGUGUGCGUCGAUCUUGUAUGCGCAUCCGCUUUAUAAGAAUUUGGGCGUCGCGAGGGGGACGAGUCUUUUGGGUGGACUGAGUGUUAUUGGGAUUGUGGGGAUUUUCUUGCUUUGGGUUUUUGGGGCGAAGUUGAGGGCGAGAUCUAAGUUUGCGAUGCACUGAGCGUGUAUGAUAGGGGGUUAUGCAUGGAAGGGGGUUGGAAGAAGGGAAGUGAGAGGAAUAAUAUAUAAUAGAGUGGAUGGGCGUGUUUUUGGAGUUUGGGGGGGGGAUAUUAGCAUAGCAUUUAUUUUCUAGGGGGUUGAAAGCAGAUUUAGAGAAUAUUCGAGAGAGAAUAAUAAUAUUCCAUAACAAAACUAUUUUCUAGGGAAUUUAACUGCGGAUUUGAAGAUGCGUAUUUAAGAG